AUGUCAUACAAGUCAGCAAUAAUAGGGCUUUGUUUGCUAGCUGUGAUACUAUUAGCUCCCCCUUUAGCAUGGCAUUCACAUACCAAGAAUAUUCCAGCAAUCAUUUUGAUAACAUGGCUUCUUACAAUGAAUUUAACGUGUAUUGUAGAUGCGGCAAUAUGGAGUGACGACGAUUUCCUCACGAGAUGGGAUGGUAAAGGUUGGUGUGAUAUUGUCAUCAAGUUGCAGGUUGGUGCGAAUAUUGGCAUAUCAUGUGCCGUUACCAACAUCAUUUACAACUUGCAUACAAUUUUGAAGGCAGAUAGUGUUUUACCGGAUCUUUCAUCAUGGACGAAAAUCGUCAAGGACCUUGUGAUUAGCUUGUUCACACCUGUCAUGGUCAUGGGAUUUUCAUAUCUGUUACAAGUAUUUAGAUAUGGUAUCGCUCGUUACAACGGUUGCCAAAACUUAUUGUCUCCGACAUGGAUUACCACUGUUUUGUAUACCAUGUGGAUGCUUAUAUGGUCAUUUGUGGGCGCUGUUUAUGCCACCUUAGUACUGUUCGUGUUUUAUAAAAAACGCAAGGACGUUAGGGAUAUUUUACACUGUACCAAUUCAGGUUUAAACCUGACAAGGUUCGCAAGGCUGUUGAUAUUCUGUUUCAUUAUUAUUUUAGUCAUGUUCCCUUUUUCUGUUUACACCUUUGUUCAAGAUUUACAGCAGGUAGAAGGACACUAUACUUUUAAAAAUACCCAUUCCAGCACCAUCUGGAAUACCAUUAUUAAAUUUGACCCUGGCAGACCAAUUUAUAAUAUAUGGCUUUAUGUUUUGAUGUCUUACCUAGUAUUUCUAAUCUUUGGCUUAGGUUCUGAUGCUUUGCAUAUGUACUCUAAAUUCCUGCGUUCCAUCAAACUAGGAUUUGUACUUGACAUGUGGAAAAGAUUCAUUGAUAAGAAUAAGGAAAAACGAGUAGGCAUAUUGCUAAACAAGCUGUCCUCACGCAAAGAGAGCCGUAACCCAUUUUCUACAGACUCUGAGAACUAUAUCUCCACGUGUACAGAAAACUAUUCUCCCUGUGUAGGUACACCAAUAUCACAAGCGCAUUUCUAUGUCGACUAUAGGAUUCCAGAUGAUCCUAGAAAAUCUCAAAAUAAAAGCAAAAAAUAUUUGUUUGCUGAUAAAGAAACAGAUGAUAUUCUUGAUGAAAUAGACCUAAAAGAAAGUAGGCACAUCCCUUACGUCACGCAAGGACAGAGCUUUGACGACGAAAUAUCACUUGGAGGAUUCUCAAAAGUUACUCUCGAUUAUUCAGAAAAGCUUCAUAAUUCUGCAAGCUCCAAUUUUGAAGGGGAAAGUCUUUGCUACUCUCCAGCUUCAAAAGAAGAGAAUUCAAGCUCAAACGAACAUAGUUCAGAAAAUACUGCAGGCCCUUAA